GAAGGCACCAGGGAAGGCUCGCUCCCCAGCGUGCUCAGUAGAUCUGUCAGAUGCAGGAUACUCGUCAGAUAGCGGGUCACUGAACGCAUCUGGACGCUGUCGACCAGGAACCGAUCCGUUCGGUUUGUCUGUUAUCGUCUUACCGGAAACAUCAUUUGUUUUCUUUUUUCUUUUUUUUAAAUAACACGACCCGCCGUUAUAACUUGUUGUUGUUUAAGAAUGAUUCGGAGUUCUGGCAGGAUGCACGGGUUAACUAGCUAACGUUAGCCGAGAGCAGCUAGCGUUUAUCGGCCACUGGGGGAAAGUAGCUCUUUCUUUCAGCCGUGUGGGGGGUGAGUGAACCGGAUAAACAUGGAGAAAAGCAACCGUUUUGUAGAACUGUACCGCUAUCUGCAAGACCCCCACCUUGUCGCCCGCUUUCAGCGCUUUUGUGGAGUACGCGGUUCAUUUUCGAGAACCGUCUGUGCUGGUAGUAACGUUACCAGCAGCAAGGAAGCAGACCGGACUUACUCGCACAACAACGGGGCUUGUCAUCAUCACAUCACCGGAGAAAAUGAGAGUGUAAACCUGGCCGUUAUUGGAGCUGGGGAAGGGGAGAAAGUACAAACGGCAGCAUUGGCUGUUCGAAAGAGGAUCACCGAUUCAAAUGUCCCGAAAAACAGAGGAGAGGAGAGUGAAAAUGCCCCCCAGAACGGGGCGCUUGUGUCCGCUUCGACCGCCAAGGGAGAAACGGUUGGUGUGGGCAGUAACAGCCGUAGCCUCGCCGGGGCCACCGCCGCAGACCAGGGCGGUCACAGCCGGGUACCGACGGACUUUUCAGAGGCAACCGAAACAGAGGAGAGGGAGGCGGGGAAGAGCAGCCCCGUGAAACCCUUACGCAAAAACUCUCUAACGGGCGACGCCGGGCAGGAGUUCCUCAUCGAGAACCGGUUCUUAUACUACAUGUUCACCUUCGGAACCGAGCUGGGAAACGAGCUCUUUUACAUCACCUUCUUCCCCUUCGUCGUGUGGAACGUGGACGCCUUUGUGGGCAGGAGGCUGAUCAUGGUGUGGGUCUGGGUCAUGUACCUGGGGCAGUGCACCAAGGAUGUGAUCCGGUGGUCCCGGCCCGCUUCUCCACCUGUGGUCAAAGUGGAGAUGUUCUACAACUCCGAGUACAGCAUGCCGUCCACACACGCCAUGUCGGGCACCGCCAUCCCCUUCUCCCUGUUCUUCAUGACCUACGGCCGCUGGGAGUACCCGUUCUCGCUGGGCUUCUGCUUGGCUCCCUGCUGGUGUCUGCUGGUCUGUGUCAGUCGGAUCUACAUGGGGAUGCACUCAGUCCUGGACGUCAUAGCUGGCGUCCUGUACAGCGGCCUGAUCCUGCUUGUCUUCCUGCCGCUGUUGGACCUGAUCGACGGCUUCAACCUGACCUGCCGCUACGCCCCGCUCAUCAUCAUCUGCCUCCACCUGGGCCUGGGCCUCUUCUCCUUCACCCUGGACACCUGGAGCACCUCCCGAGGCGACACGGCUCAGAUCCUGGGCACGGGCGCCGGCGUGGCCCUGGCCUCCCACGUCAACCACUACCUGGGUCUGAUGCCCGACCCCACCCCGGACCAGCUGCCCUUCGCCCUCCCCGGCCUCAGCGCCGGCCUGGCGGGUGCGGCCGUGCUGCGGCUGGUCCUGGGCGUGCUGGUGCUGAUGGCCACGCGGGCGCUGAUGAAGGCCGUCACCAUCCCGCUGGUGUGCCGGGUGUUCGGGGUGCCCAGCACCGACGUGAGGAAGGCCCGGCAGCACAUGGAGGUGGAGCUGCCCUACCGCUACCUGGUCUACGGGGCGGUGGGCUUCAACGUGCUCUUCCUGGUCCCGUUCCUCUUCAGCUGCAUUAGGCUCUCCUGACUGCACGCCCAGUCAAGUCCUUGGAAAUGUUCACCUGACGCUGUUAUCCGUCAGACUUCUCCAUCCAGAACUGCUUUUGUCAGUCCUCAGGGUUUGGGACCAAGGUGAAUUAAAGCCUGAAAGUUGAUCUGGAUGCUGACAUGUUCUCAGUUUUUCAGUUUCCACCCAUCAUUGGAGGGAUGAACCAGGAACGGCCGGGAAAUCUGGUCAAUGUGGCCUCGACUGUUAUCAGUUCUGUGGCGAGUAAUGUCUCUCCGUUGUGUUCUUUUAGAGUUAUUUAAAAUGAAAUGCAACGCUCCACGUGGUCCCAGGACAGGCCGGGUCAGAGCCAACCAGCCGGAACCAGUCAAAAGAACCAGUGGUCUCUGAAAGACAGAAAACGCCUCCGAUCGCUACUGAUAACUAACCUGUGUCUUACUUUUUUACAUUUUCACCACUGCUCUUAUUAUUAUUUGAAAUAUUAUUAUUAUUGGGAGUUCAGAAAAAGAACCACAGAGGGGAUUGUGCACUUGAAGGCAACGUUUAACGCCUCCACAGUGAGUUCCCAAAGGCUGUCAGUCUUUUUCUGGCUGAAAAGUCCCAAACCUUAAGAUAACCUUACCAGUAGGCGAGUGCUUGACACAAUGUGUUGUGUAGGGCAGCAAGUACCGAAAUUCAUAAAGUCAUUUUUCAUCACCCAUUCAUCUUUAGAAAUGGCGGAAAACGAUGACACAUGUUCAGUUGCAAUGAUGAGAAAAGCAGCAAAUCCUCACAUUUAGAGAAUGUAUGUGCAACUGGGUUUUUCGAGUGAAAAACGGCGAUUCAUUGAUAGUCAAAAUGGAUGAACACCCCCCC